UUGGUCUUCUUGGGUCGAUGGAGUCAUUGUCGGGUGCCAAGAUCUCUCCGACCUCGGAUAGAGGAGACGAAAUUCCUGCCAACGAGAUUUGAGAAGGAAGGAUUCGAACGAAAAACCCGAUAUGGAUGUGUAAGGGGAAAUGGAUCCAGCUCGCAGUAGGGCGACAAAAAAAAAAGAGAACUCGACGGGAACAAUGGCUAACAAAGACCGUGGCUCUACGACUCCAAGAGCCUCAACAGUCUGUCCCGCUCAACCUUAUCCUGUUGACACAUGAGGUACGUCUUCACAUAUUCAGCAACAUCGUCCCUCACCGAUUGAAUUUGGGAGGGGACAGCGGAACCAGAGCCACGGAUGGCGGGGUUUGAAAUUGAAAAGCUAGGGUUUUUUAACCUUGUCCUUUUCUUUUUUCUUUUCUCAACAAAACCAUAUAUGAACUCGGUUCGGUUUGGUUUUUGAAUCAAACCAAACCUAUCUGUAUGGAUCAUACGCCCUUGGAAUUGCCGUCUUCACUGUUUCUUUACUGCAAAAUUACAAAUUGUCCUUUCCAUCGGCCUCUUCGAUAACUCAAAAGGUCAAGACUUUUGCAGCUGGUCACAUUCGAUGGCUUCAGAUUAGGGAGCCCCAAAUCAAAUUCAUUGCCGAUUAUAUAUGUUCAAUUGUAGAAAACAAUCCCAUUUUCAAUUUGUUAUCGUUCACGAGCUGCUCAAUCUAAGCCAUGUCCAUGGAUUGUCAGUUCAGGUUCCCUUCUUCUUCAGCUGCCUUCGUGCCGUCUUCUGUUAAGAAUGACACGAUUCUACCCAGAAAUUUUAUCUUGUCGCCAAGAAAAACGCAUUUCCCCUCGUGGGUCUCUCAAAUUUCUGUAAGAAAUUGUGUUAGAGAGCACCUCAUGCUCAAAUCGUCUAAUGGGCAUCCUCUGAAUGCAGUUUUUUUACCAGAUGGUAGUUCGGCAAGUUCCCUCCUCAGUGAACAAGUUGCACUUCAAGAGGAAGACAUAUCUAUUCCAGAUUCGGAUAAAGUUAAAUCUACACUCAGUAUAACCGUUGUCGGAGCUUCUGGUGACCUGGCCAAAAAGAAGAUAUUUCCUGCACUUUUUGCUCUUUAUUAUGAGGAUUGUCUACCAGAGGAUUUUGUCGUGUUCGGUUAUGCUAGGACUAGUAUGUCAGAUGAGCAACUCCGAAACAUGAUUAGUAAAACUUUGACUUGCAGAAUUGAUAAGAGGGAAAACUGUGAGGACAAGAUGGAUGAGUUUUUAAAAAGAUGCUUUUACCAUUCUGGUCAGUAUAGCUCUGAGGAACAUUUUGCUGAGUUGGAUAGAAAAUUGAAAGAAAAAGAGGCUGGAAAAUUAUCAAAUAGGUUAUUUUAUUUAUCAAUUCCUCCAAACAUAUUUGUGGACGUUGUCAAGUGUGCUAGCCAACGGGCUUCCUCAGGAAGUGGUUGGACCAGAGUCAUUGUUGAAAAGCCAUUUGGCCGUGACUCAGACUCUUCAGGUGAGCUAACCAGAAGUUUAAAGCAAUAUCUCACAGAAGACCAAAUAUUCAGGAUUGAUCAUUACUUGGGCAAGGAGCUCGUGGAGAAUCUGUCAGUUCUUCGGUUCUCCAAUCUUGUCUUCGAGCCUCUUUGGUCUAGGGACUAUAUCCGCAAUGUUCAACUGAUAUUUUCUGAAGAUUUCGGUACAGAGGGGCGGGGAGGAUACUUCGACAACUAUGGAAUUAUACGAGAUAUAAUGCAGAACCAUCUCCUUCAAAUUUUGGCUCUAUUUGCUAUGGAGACACCUGUCAGUCUAGAUGCUGAGGACAUCAGGAAUGAAAAGGUCAAGGUUUUGAAGUCAAUGAGACCUCUGCAACUUGAAGAUGUAGUUGUUGGGCAAUAUAAGGGCCACAACAAGGGUGGGAAAUCAUAUCCUGCUUAUACAGAUGAUCCAACUGUUCCUAAUGAUAGCAUCACUCCCACAUUUGCGGCAGCAGCGAUUUUUAUUGAUAAUGCUAGAUGGGAUGGGGUGCCUUUCUUGAUGAAAGCUGGAAAGGCCCUACAUACAAGAAGGGCAGAGAUCAGGGUUCAGUUCCGACACGUCCCAGGAAACUUGUACAAGAGGAACUUUGGAACAGAUUUGGACAAAGCUACAAAUGAGCUUGUGCUGCGUGUUCAACCUGACGAGGCUAUUUAUCUGAAGAUCAACAAUAAGGUUCCUGGUCUUGGAAUGCGAUUAGAUCGCAGUGAUCUGAACUUGCUGUACCGAGCUAGGUACCCCAGCGAAAUACCGGAUGCAUAUGAGCGGCUACUUUUGGAUGCUGUUGAAGGGGAGCGAAGACUAUUCAUUAGGAGUGAUGAGCUGGAUGCUGCAUGGUCGUUGUUCACCCCAUUGUUAAAGGAACUCGAAGAGAAAAAGAUCGCUCCAGAGCUUUAUCCAUAUGGCAGCAGGGGACCUGUUGGAGCUCACUACUUAGCUGCAAAGUACAAUGUAAGAUGGGGAGAUCUCGGUGAGGACCGUGAACCUUAGUGGAUUAAGGCUUUUGUAUUGUGAGGGAGCUGUGGAUGGUAGAUGAUAUGCACUCUUGUCAAGUGAUCAAUCAAAUCUCAAUUCAAGGCAGAUGAAUUUGCAUAAUAAAAGCCUACGAAAACUUGUGGUACCAAUGUUGUAUCAACUUUUUCAGUGUUAUGGAAGCAUUGUUUCUUGUGGCA